UUGGCUGUCUGGCUGUCAUCGCAUAAACAAGAGGUGCCAGAAGUCCUGAAAAUUGGAAAAAUCGUGUCUAUUUCACAAUGUUAAGAGCCUGUUUAUCACAAAAUCCAGUGGGGAAGAACCAUUCGAUGGAGAAGUUGCCUUUUGUGAAGCAAGAAAUCGCUGAGGUGUGCAGGAUUUGCGAAACUAUGGAAAAUCUUCUUGACAUUUCCACUGAAGAAUUCAGUCACUUGAACGAAAAACUCCACAGAAUUGCUGAUUUUGAGGACGAUUACAGCAGCUUCUUGAAGUUCAUCUGCAUAUCUUGUGGCACAAAACUCGAAAAUGCCUUCGACUUCAAAAUCCAGUGCGAAGACACGUACAGAAAGCUUGUGGAUCAGAUGGACAAUAGCAUAUUUCAGGAUUCCCUCUUCAGCAAUUCCGGCAGCGACGAUCUCGAUCACAGUGGCAGCAAUAGGAAUUUUACCGAUGCCCACAGAGACAAGUCAUUCUUUGAGAUAUACGAAGUGGUUGAACUGGAAGCAAAUACGAAUGACACGAAAACCAUGGCACAGAAUCAAAUCAAGAAUAUGCGACAGCAGCAAUUCAAUACUCAGAAGACGAGCAACAGCAGCAAGAAUUUCUCCAGCGGCGCCAACCAGGGCGGCGGCUUCAUGAAAAUGCUGAACGUGAGAAGGACGGAGAAAGCCAAGGCUUCGUUUGUGUGCGCAAUGUGUGAUGAAACGUUCAAGGAGAAGUGGAAGAUGAGAGAACACAUGCAGCGCGUGCACUUGAUACGAAGGCGGCCGAUCUACGACAACGGCGAUCGCAAGGCGACCGUCGGCCAGGCGGCAUUCAGACAUCCGCCGACGCCGAUUGAAAAGAAAUUUCCGUGUAACAACUGCGGAAGGCUGUUCCGGACGAAAGCCUACUUAGAGAUUCACAGCCAAGAGCACGGUGCGUCGAAGCUGCGUUCUUUGCUGCACGAGAGCACGUCCAGAGGCUACAACGCAGCCGCCGAUGCGUACGGCUCGGCGGAUCAGGAGGAGGAGCAUGGCGAGGCCAAGUACACGUGCCACCUGUGCGACAAGUCCUUCCAGCGCAGGCAAGGACUGCGCGUCCACUACCAGAUCCACACAGACGAGCGGCCCUAUCCGUGCACAUACUGCGAGAAGGCAUUCCGCUGCCGUUCUCACCUUAACAGACACAUCUACACGCACACUGGCGAGAAGAAGUACAAGUGCCAGGUGUGCCAGAAGUGCUUCACGCAGUCCGGCAGUCUAAGAAUACACAUGCGAAUCCACACAGGAGAGCUUCCCUACGAGUGCCCGAACUGCCUCACGAGGUUCAGGGUGAGGAAAACCCUGCUCAACCACAGAAAGCGGUGCUUACCAGUGAAGCAGGAGAGAUACAAAUCACUUUUCACGGUGCUUCGUGAAUUCUCGCUUCUCUCGGAACUUCUUCGGACAGCUGGAGCACUCAAAGGGGUACUCGCCCGUGUGGAUGCGCAUGUGGAUGGUGAGUGUGCCGGAUUGCAUGAAGGAUUUGCCGCACUCCAGGCACUUGUAGGACUUUUCGCCGGUGUGCGUCUUCAGGUGUCUGCUGAGGUGUGUGCGGUAGCGGAAGGCGUAGGAGCAGAUGUGGCAGGGGAAGGGGCGCUCGCCGGUGUGCAUUCUGUAGUGCUCGUUCAAGUACUGCUUUCGGAGGAAGCUCUUGCCGCACUCCUCGCAUUUGUGUGGCUUCUCGCCGUUGUGGAUCUUCACGUGCUUCAUGUGUUGCAGCGUGUUCUGGGACUUAUGGCCGCAGAUUUGGCACUCGAGAGACUGCGCCUUGGAGCCGAACGACACCAUAUGCACCUUCCGGUGGGACUUCAUGUAUGUCUUCGUACGAAACGCCUUGCCGCAGAAGUCGCAGGGGAAUGUUUCGGCGCUGUGCAUCUUCCGGUGCCGCAUCAUCGACACAUAGUGCGUGUAUUUGGCGCCACAGACAUUGCACUCGUGUCGCUUGCUGUUACGAAUGCCCCAUUUGGCUCAUCCGCGAUCUCAGCAACACCCACAUUUGCCAUCACUUCCUCGUCAGAACUCACGCUCACGUCGCACUCAAUGGGCAAAGUCUCCAUAUCUUUGGCACUCUCUCUCAUCUCAGUCCACCUGUGGAACUUCUCUGACUCCUCGAAAUCCCCCCAAUCUGACGAGUCGGAAUCUAAAUUAAUAGUCUCUCCGAGUUGCUGUGGAUGCUUCAUAACUUUCAGCUCCUCGAAGUAUAUCUGCUCGUUCUCCACUUCCAGGUCAUCAUCGGCGUCUCCCGCUGGAUCAGCAGCGUCGGAUCUUUGCUUCAUGCUGCAAGUCACGCAUAUGAAUUGCAACCAGGUGCUUACAAACUUCAUGCCUGAUUUGUGCGUCAACUGGACAGAAUCAUCUGCAAAACCUCCUUUGCUGCAAUCGACAAUUAGUUCAAUCGAGGGUUUCAUGGACAAGCAGCUCUGCGCGAAGCAAGAUGUCUUGGAAUUGUGCAGAAUCUGCGAGCGGAUGGACAAUCUCCUUAACAUUUCCACGGAGAAGUUCAGCCACUUGAAUGAGAAACUCCACCAAAUCGCCGAUUUUGGGGGAAAUUACAGCUAUAUGCUGAAUUUCAUCUGCACCCGCUGCAGUGCGCGACUUGAGGAUGCUUUUGACUUCAAGAUUCAGUGCGAGAAUACGUAUAAGAUCCUGAUUUGCCGAAUGGGAACGCAUCGAGCGCAUCCGCUCAGCGUAGAUCCACUCAGCGAGCUGAAAUCAGUGAAGACUGAGCGUCCUGAAGAAAAGAGCGAUCCUGAAAAGAUGAGGAUCAAGACUUGGGUGGAGAAGAGUGAGAAAACUCCAGACAACACUGGAUUUGUGAUAAGAGAGAAAUUGAGAUUCGCUUGCGCUGAUUGCGGCAAGAGGUUCAAGAAAAAGUGCCUGGUGAGGAAUCACAUCUUUCGGGCGCACGUCAAGGACAUGCCUUUUGGGUGUGAAGUGUGCAAUUUGAGAUUCUCCCUGGAAUCAUCCCUGAAGGCGCACAGGCGAUUGCACUGCGACUCUCAAGUUCCGUGCGAUGUCUGUGGAAAAACGUUCAAGAACCUGUCUUAUAUGAGAGGCCAUCGGAGGAAGGUGCAUUCAAAGCCACCGCGGCCACAAAUCAAUCCAGGAACUGUUUGUCAGACGUGUGAUUUCCACGCCAAGAACCGCACGACUCUUCUAGCCCACUUGAAGCGCCACACCGGCGAACUGCGCUUCAAGUGUGACGUGUGCGACAAGCGAUUCCUACGGAAGAUGCAACUGAAGAGACACCUGACCAUUCACACCGGCGAGCGACCGUACAUGUGCCACAUCUGCUCUAAAGCCUUCAAGGUGCGGCCCAAUCUCAACUCACACAUGAUGAGCCACAGCGGCGAGAAGAAGUACAAGUGCAAGUUCUGCGAGAAGUCGUAUCAGCAGUCCUACGCGCUGAAGGUGCACAUGCAGCGAGAUCACUUGGACGAGCCUCGCUAUGAGUGCCCAAAGUGCUUGGCGAAGUUCCGACAGAAGAAGAUAAGGACGAUUCACGCGAAAACGUGUCGCGGAGAGCCGCCUAAGGAGCCACGAACGCUGGAAGAUUUGGGAAACAGAAGCUAA